GAACGUGAGUUCUGCUGGAGAGGAGGCCAGGAGGAGGAUGAGAGAGUGUGACGGACUGACAGAUGCCCUCCUCUACAUCAUACAGACCGCUCUGGGCAGCAACGACAUCGACAGCAAGGUGUGUGUGUGGGUCUGCAUGUGUGUGUCCAUCAGUUCAAUACAGUAGUAGAGAAACGUUGUGGAUGGCUACCUUCUCAAGGUUGCUGCAGCUCAGUCUCUCUAAAUGAGGAGUUUAUUUCCAAACGCUAUAUCCACCAAUUUUUCACAUUUGUGAUUUGUCAUCAGAAAUUAUUGCUUAUGGGUACUUUCAUGUGUGUGUAAAAUAUUAUUGUUCUCAGAUUUUUUAUUCAUUUUUGAUGUGUAUGAAAAUGUGCUUUGGGGUAAAAUGCUAUAUAUCCAUUGUUUAGCUGGAAUGGAAUGUUUGUAUCCUGUAUAUUUGACUGUAAUAUGUGAUUGUCUCACCUAGCUAUCUUAAGAGGAAUGCACUAACUGUAAUUCGCUCUGGAUAAGAGCAUCUGCUAAAUGACAAAAAUGUCAAAUGUAAAUGUUUUUCAUACAGAUCUCAUAUUAUUGAAUUGAAUUAUUUAGAUUUUGUUUUUGCAAAAUUGAUGUCACAAAUGUAUAAUUUGUACAGUUCCUUAUUAGAAAUGUAGUUAUUUAUGGCCUCCCGAGUGGCACAGUGGUCUAAGGCACUGCGCUGCAGUGCUUGAGGCUUUGCUACAGACCUGGGUUUGAUCCCAGGCUGUGUCAAAGCUGGCCGUGACUGGGAGACCCAUGAGGCGGUGCACAAUUGGCCCAGCAUCACUCUGUUCAAUAAGGGAAAUGAAACCUACCUUCAUUCCCUGUUGUUGUUUAUGUUUGGAGUUAUUUACCGCAGCUGUUUUCAGAGGUAAACAACUCCUCUAACAGUUCUGUUCUGACCCAAGGUCUGUUCUUAUUGGAGCCAUUUGGAGCGACUCAGUGUUUGUAUUAAGUCUGUAAUUCCAGUGAAGCCAUAUAGUCAGUCUGAGUAUUCUGUUCAAUUAGCGUCAUUAUAGUUGUUUGUGUAAAGGAUCGGUCUGAGAGACUUCUAAAAAACAGGAGUCGUACGAAAUGAUUGAUGAUUUUUCUUUGUUAUUUCCACGUAGUCUGCUUUCCAUAUUCCUUCCAUACGCUCCUUAUGUGUGAUACUUUACAGAGGUACUCACACACACGCUAACACGCACGCACGGACAUACACACUCCUCUGCUGUUGCUGAUUCGUCUUCUCCUAACACCAUGUUAAAUGGAGUGUGAUACGAUGUUUCGGGCUCAGUCAUUUUUCCUCAUUUGAGAGAAUUUCUUUCAAUUGAAAGUUAGAACACAUUACGGUUGACGGAUGGAAUUAGGCACUCUUCCUUUUAAGUGCUGCUUCACACACACACACACACACACACACACACACACACACACACACACACACACACACACACACACACACACACACACACACACACACAUACAUUUUCUCAGGGUACUUGCUCUUUUGUAGGUUAAAUUGUCAUAUUCCUCAAUCUCUUUCUCUCUCCCUCCUCUCCCCUCUCUCUCCUCCCCUCCCCUCUCCCCUCCCCCUCCUGUAGACCAUAGAGAAUUGUGUGUGUAUCCUGCGUAACCUGUCCUACCGACUGGCAGCGGAGACGUCUCAGGGCCAGCAGCUGGGUUCAGAGGAGCUGGACGGUCUGCUGUGUGACGCCAACGGACGUGACGGAGAGACCUCAGGCUGCUGGGGCAAGAAGAAGAAGAAGAAGAAGGGUCAGGACCAGGUAGGGACACACACACACACACACACAGAGGAUCUGAAUACAUAAACAUCUAAAUACAUAUUUCUGAAGUGGCAAGUGGAAGCAUAACCAACCCUGUUAAACAUACACACACAGUACAGACAAACACAUAUGGUAAAAGCUCCCGCCAAGCCAUAUCAUUUGUUCACUGAGGGGAUUUUCUGAAGGGACAGACUAAUAAAUUAUGAUCCAAAUUAUGAAUCAAAGCAAAAGCUUCAAACAGAGAACAUUAAAAGACAACAAACUAUUUUAUUAUGUAUUAACUGUCAGAUGAGUGAGCAUCUUUGUCUCUCUUUUUCUUUUGGCUCAAACUUUCAAUCACUUGUUCAUUCCCUCUGUCACACUCCAGGCAUCAGUCACUACUACUGCUGCUUUACUAUUCGCUCAGAUCCCUCCCCACGGACCAAUCAUAUGCUCUGUUCCUCACAAGCCAUGAAGGCUUUGUUCAAUCAGUUCAGCUCUCAUUCACUCUGGUUACAAACAGUUAAAAACACAAAAUGUCUCCAAAACGUUUUCACCACAUUCAGAACUGUUAGAGCACAUUUCCUGUGCUGGUCAAGUUAUAUUUCUCCUGAAAGUUAACGUUUUGAAGAUCUUUGAACAUAAAACCUUUGGGAGAUUGGGAAUGUACAGUAUAGACUAGGCAGCAAGCCUGUAGUGCCUCCAAUCAUGAAGAUGCAGUGAAACAUGGCAGAAUUCACCUGAAAACAUAAAUGGCACAUCUUUGAUUGAUUGAUCAAAGAGAAAAGGAUUCUCUCUUGGCAUAUACGCUCAGAGCUGUUGCUAGUUGGGUGUACUGCCUUGUCUUAUUCUACAGAUAAGUGGGAAUAUGAGGGGCAUACACAGCUACAUUGCUAAUGAAAGCGCAGAGAUAGAUGUGGAGAAAGAAUACUUUAGAAUACUUUUUCUUUCUCUCUCCCUAUUUUUAUCAUCCUUUUUCCUGACCCCCACAACCCCCCCCACAACCCCCUCACUCCCAUCCCUUCUCUCUGUCUAUCUAUCUUGCCCCCUCUCUCUCCCACCUCCUAUAGUGGGAUGGUGUAGGCCCUCUCCAGGACUCAACUGACACUCCUAAAGGAGUCCAGAUGUUAUGGCACCCGUCCAUAGUGAAGCCCUACCUCACCCUGCUUUCAGAGUGCUCCAACCCUGAUACACUGGAGGGAGCAGCAGGCGCACUGCAGAACCUGGCUGCAGGCAGCUGGAAGGUAGGAGUGGUCGUACUGUACUGUCUAACUCAACCCCUACUGUCACCUCCCUCUCCAGUGGUCCAUCAGUCUAACUCUUCCCCUCCCUCUACAGUGGUCCGUCAUGUCUAACUCUUCCCCUCCCUCUACAGUGGUCCAUCAGUCUAACUCUUCCCCUCCCUCUACAGUGGUCUGUCAGUCUAACUCUUCCCCUCCCUCUACAGUGGUCCAUCAGUCUAACUCUUCCCCUCCCUCUACAGUGGUCCAUCAGUCUAACUCUUCCCUUCCCUCUACAGUGGUCCAUCAGUAUAACUCUUCCCCUCCCUCUACAGUGGUCCAUCAGUAUAACUCUUCCCCUCCCUCUACAGUGGUACUUCAGUCUAACUCUUCCCCUCCCUCUACAGUGGUCCAUCAGUCUAACUCUUCCCCCUGUCUCUCCAGUGGUCCAUCAGUCUAACUCUUCCCCUCCCUCUACAGUGGUCUGUCAGUCUAACUCUUCCCCUCCCUCUACAGUGGUCCAUCAGUCUAACUCUUCCCCUCCCUCUACAGUGGUCUGUCAGUCUAACUCUUCCCCUCCCUCUACAGUGGUCUGUCAGUCUAACUCUUCCCCUCCCUCUACAGUGGUCUGUCAGUCUAACUCUUCCCCUCCCUCUACAGUGGUCUGUCAGUCUAACUCUUCCCCUCCCUCUACAGUGGUCUGUCAGUCUAACUCUUCCCCUCUCUCUACAGUGGUCCAUCAGUCUAACUCUUCCCCUCCCUCUACAGUGGUCCAUCAGUAUAACUCUUCCCCUCCCUCUACAGUGUUACCUCAGUCUAACUCUUCCCCCUGUCUCUCCAGUGGUCCAUCAGUCUAACUCUUCCCCACCCUCUACAGUGGUCCGUCAUGUCUAAUUCUUCCCCUCCCUCUACAGUGGUCCGUCAUGUCUAACUCUUCCCCUCCCUCUACAGUGUUACCUCAGUCUAACUCUUCCCCCUCUCUCUUCAGUGGUCUGUGUACAUCCGGGCUGCGGUGCGUAAAGAGAAGGGUCUUCCUAUCCUGGUGGAGUUGUUGAGGAUAGACAAUGACCGUGUGGUGUGUGCCGUGGCCACCGCACUCAGGAAUAUGGCCCUGGACAUCAGAAACAAAGAACUGAUAGGUAAGGCACACACACACACACAUACUUCACAGUGCAUCAGCUCUGGCUAGCUGUGGGUUGUCAGUGUAACUGAGUGAUUGCAGUAGAGGUCUUCAGUGGCGUCUGUGAUUGAAGCAGAUCAAAGGAGUCGGAUGGACUUUGAAAAAGAGACUUUGAUAGUGAAUGUGAAGCGCUCGGCUAAUGACUGUUUACUAGUCCCACUGUACAGGCCUCACAAGGCCUCACUAUUAAAUAAUAAGCUCUUUGGCUUUGUGCAGAUACGCUUUGUUCAUCCCUCUUAACCAUUAGGGGGAUGAAUACCAAUCUGACCCUAGAUCAGUUACAAUGUCAGCUGUCUCCUGUAUAUGUGUUAAAUGUGAGAGCAGAAGGCAUAACCCAGCGUGUAGCUUUAACAGAAAGACACAGUGUGUUGUUUUGGUCUCUGCACCGCAAGAGACGCCAGGCUGAAUAAUGUAAUCCCUCGCAAAUUCACGGGAAAAUCAAUUCCAAUUUGUCGUGCGGUUUCAUUUGAAUACACUUCUUAGUUAUUGAGCGGCACUGUAUAACACGGCUUAUAUUCUAUUGAACCAGAGAGAGGGGGUUGGGGGGGGAGAGAGAGAGAGAGAGAGUUUGCUCUAGGGUAGUGGUUGAGUUUAUAUGUGAGGACAGCAGGGGAUAGAGCACAGACGUUUAUAUGCGACAGGAGGUUCAUUAAGUUUAAUGUUACAGUUAAACACAAAGAAAGCCUACAGUUACAGUAUGUACACAUGAUACAAUAUAGAAUCCAUUUCACAACCUUGAAAUGACAAAAACAUAAGUGUUACUCCCAUAGAAUGCCUACACAUUAAUAUUAUAGAUAUCCCAUUUUAUGAGCUUGAAUGACAAAGUAAUAGCAAUGGGUAGGACAGAGAAUACCUUUGUAUUGUAUAGAAGCUAUUCUAACCUUGAGAAACAACAAAGGCAGUGGAAAGCAAAACGUCAAAAUGUCUAUCAAGCUGAAUGCCACUAAGACUGUUUUCUGUGCUAGACCCUGGUCAUUUCCCAUUGUGUGGAUCCAACCUAAGAGCAUUGUCGAAAAUCUCAUAUUUCCCACUAACUUCUAAGUCGUGUUAAGUCUUUGGUGCUGCCAACGUUAAAAGGGUGUGUCAUUGGGAAAAGCAGUGUUGUUGGGGUUAAGCAGUGUUGUGCCGUUGUGGUUAAGCGUUGAGAGAGCAGUAGUGAUUUUAGAUUUACAUAGUCUAGUCGAGACAAUUACCUGGAAUUCUCACAGCCACAGUCUCUUAUCAUUUUUCAGGUAGGAUGUUGACGGGAGGAAAGUAAGAGGGGAUGAGAGAGAGAGAGAGAGAGAGAGAGAGAGAGAGAGAAGGAAGGACAGAGAAAAAUAAAGCUAAGACGUUGUUAGGAGGAUAUACAUGUGUGUUUUAUUCAGUUCUAGCAGUAAUGUGAUUUAGUCGUAUUUUCAACAUCACCCAGCAUUCUGUCAAGUUUUUGUAUGUCUCUCCUAUUCAUCUGGUAGAUUUGUAUAAUGUAUGGUUAUGUGGCAAUUGAAUCCCAUUUUGACGCUACAAUAAUUGUCAGCGACGUCGCUUGCUACAAUUGACUUAUAGUUGAUCAUUUGACUCACGUGAAAUUGUUAUGUGUGUGCCAAGGAGACAGAGGAGGGGUUUUCUCUCAGGGGAAUAUGGUGGCUCCAGAUCAUCUAGCUCCAGCAGCUCUGGGUGAUGUAUGGUGCCGCCAUACAGUAAAACAACAAACUAAUUGAAGUGUAACAGGGCCGUCUCCCCCCUCUUUCCCUCCCUUUCACCUCUCUCAUCCUCAGACAUCUCCUCCUCUCCCUCCACCCCUAAACAUUCUACCUCCCCUCCUUCUCUACUCUCCAUCACUCUCGCCCGAGUCCCAUCUUUCCAUGUCUGCUUUCAGACCUACUACAGUAUAUUAGAUCAUGUAGUCUGCCAUGGAGCCAUUCUCUCUCCUUCUCUCUCUCCUUCUCUCGCUCCUUCUGUCCCUCUCUCUCCCCCUCUCCCUCCCUCUCUCUCUCUGUCUCUCUCUCUCUCUCUGUCUCUCUUUGUCUCUCUCUCUAACUAUGUUUCUCUGUCUGUCUCUCUCUCUAUAUAUAUAUAUCUUUGUCUCUCUCUAUGUCUGGGUCCUAUGUAUAUUAGUUCAUGUAGUCCUCUCUUUGUGGCUCCUCUCUUUGUGUCUCGGGAUGAUGACAUCAGUGCUCAGGUGGGUUACCGUGGAAACGCAGGGUGGGAGCUGCAGGCGGCCAUUAAUUACAGGAUCCUGAAUCUGCAGAGGAGUCACAGUCCGCAGGGCACACACAUACACACACACACACUGAGGGUGCAGAGGAGUCAGUUUCGCAGGGCACCGUCUAACUAGAGACUCACUACACACAUGCACCAUCACACACUUAUACACACUUAUACACACACACACAUUUUUUGCACGAACAAAACACAAAGGUGUGCCAAAGAGAAACGAACUCAGGAGUAGAGCGUGUGAGUGAAAUUAUCUGGUAAGCUUUAGUCAUAUGCUCAUUUGCUCACUCGUGCUCUCUCUCUAUGGGAUUAGUACCAUGUGACUGUACUUCACUUUCGAUUUACCCGUUACAUUUCCUUUCUGGCAGUCUUCCAAGCUUCCCCUCCCCUAUCAGCCUGUAGGGCUGGAAAUAGCCUUGUAUACAUCAUGAGAGAAUGAGUACAUAGAUUAUCAUUCUAUGGUGUACUUACGGAGUUAAGGUGCCAGAGAUGGCUUACAUUAACAAGACUUGUCAGCCAUGUGUACUUGGAACUUUUCAAAGUUAUUUCGGUAUAUUCUGUCAGAAGUAAGCAUAGAUUUUUGUGAAGUAAUCUGGAAUAUAAUUUGAAUCUGAACCUCAUUCCAUGACUACUAAGGAUGACAUCACUAUUCCAGACAGAUAUUACAGAAACAAAAGAAAAAGAUAGCGCUUCUCAGAAACGCCAUUUUUAAAUCACGUUUUUAUUCACCACAUUUUAAACAUGUAUUAUCAACCAGCGGAUAUUCCUUUCAACCAAACCCUGUCUCUUUCGUGUGUGUGUGCGUGUGUGUGUGAGCGUGUGUGUGUGUGCAUUCGUGAGUGUGUUGUGUGUUCGCAGCACCUACAGCAGUCUCUUUUUAUUGGAGCCACAGGUCUUCAGAGGGGGAAUAUUUCAGCGGAAGAGCUUAUCUUCUCUGGCCUGUCACCAAGCCACAUCAAAGCAGCCUCAGAGAGACAGAUAUUACAGGUGUGAAAUCCUGCACUCGCUGAAACCCCUAUCUCUAAUAGCUAGAGUUUCCCAUUUACCUUAGUUGCCAACCUCUUUUAAACAGCUUUGUUUUAUCUUUGAUGUCUGUGGGCUUUUUCCUUUUUUCAAUUUCCGUAUCUCGUAAAUAAGAAGAAUUGCCCACAUUGCUGGCCAUUUACUUUGGAGAAAUGGGUUAUUUCUGGUAUCCAUUUAUCCAUUAUUGCUCAGGUAAGUCAGUAAUAUACAGUAUCUGUCUGGCCAACGUUACUCUUUCACAGUGACAUUUGCAGACCUGGCUUGAAGUGGCUUCACGCCGUAAAGGACCUCGGAGAACAGUCCGUUUUAGAUCCAUUCUGAAGUGCAUGAGGCUAGUUACUUACCUAUAGCUGGGUACUGUAUAUACCUACAUUUCCAUAUGUCCUUUGUUAAUAAAGAACGUACAGUAGCAGGGAAAUUUAAUCCAUGGUUAAAUAAUUGUUCCAGAGGGAGUAUAGUUGACUAACCUGCAGUGGUGGAAAAAGUACCCAAUUGUCAUUCUUGAGUAAAAGUAAAGAUACCUUAGAAAAAAAGAUACCCAGUAAAAUACUACUUCAGUAAAAGUCUAAAAGUAUUUUCUUUUAAAUAUACUUAAGUAUCAAAAGUAAAUGUAAUUGCUCAAAUGUACUUAAGUAUCAAAAGUAAAAGUAAAAGUAUAAAUCAUUUAAAAUUCCUUAUAUUAAGCAAACCAGACGGCACCAUUUUCUUGUUUUUUUUUAUGUACGGAUAGCUAGGGGCACACUCCAAUACUGAGACAUAAUUUACAAACGAAGCAUUUGUGUUUAGUGAAUCCACCAGAUCAGGUAGUAGGGAUGACCAGGGAUGUUCUCUUGAUAAGUGUGUGAAUUGGACCAUUGGACCUGUCCUGCUAAGCAUUCAAAAUGUAACAAAUAUUUUGGGUGUCAGGGAAAAUGUAUGGAGUAAAAAGUACAUUAUUUUCUUUAGGAAUGCAGUGAAGUAAAAGUAAAAGUUGUCAAAAAUAUAAAUAGUAAAGUACAGAUACCAAAAAAAAACUACUUAAGUAGUACUUGAAAGUAUUUUUACUUAAGUACUUUACACCACUGCCAGGGGCACACUCCAAAACUCAGACAUCAUUUACAAAUGAAGCAUUUUUGUUUAGGGAGUCCGCCAGAUCAGAGGCAGUAGGAAUGACCAAGGAUGUUCUCUUGAUAAGUGUGUGAAUUUGACUAUUUUCCUGUCCUGCUUAGCAUUCAAAAUGUAAUGAGUACUUUUUGUGUCAGGGAAAAUGUAUGGAGUAAAAAGUACAUUAUUUUCUUUAGGAAUGUAGUGAAGUAAAAGUUGUCAAAAGUAUAAAUAGUAAAGUACAGAUACCCCAAAAAUCGACUUAAGUAUUACUUUAAAGUAUUUUUACCUAAGUACUUUACAUCACUGCUAACCUGGUUGCUUGUGAUAUGGUGCCCCCUGUAGUAGAUGAGGCAUAUAACACUUUAUUAGUUAUAAUAAUGAAACACCCAGGUUCAGCCACUGGCAAGGUUAGUCCAAGGCCCUGUUCGAGUUGUUUGAAAAUACAUAAUUCCGGCGUCCUGUCUUCUUGAAUCUCCGAUAUCUAGAGUCUAUUCUCUUCGAUAUCUAUUCUCUCACAGAGUCUCAUUCUCCUCUUAUCUAUCUCUAUCUCUCUAGGCCUAUCUCUCUCCGAUCUAUCUCUCUCUCCUCUCUCCUCUCUCUCUCUCUCUCUCCUCUCUCUCAUCAGCUCUCUCUCUCUCUCUCUCAUCAGCUCUCUCUCUCUCCUCUCAUCAGCUCUGUCUCUCUCCUCUCAUCAGCUCUGUCUCUCUCCUCUCAUCAGCCAAACCCUGGCCAGUAGAGUAGGCUCACACAGGAUAAAGAGCUUUAGUCAGUCUUGGUAUUGUCCUCUCAAUGAAGACAGUCCAUUCAGUCUCUCUCUCUCUCUCUCUCUCUCUUCAGCCUGCCAGGACAAGAUAAGACUUCACCAAUUAACUCACCACUCUCUGCUAAUAAUAUGCAGUACUUAGGAAACUGUGUGUGUUUCUUCAUGUUGUAAAUUAUUGGGGUGCGUUGACGUUCUUUAAGCUGUUUGCACGACACAGCAGGAAUUUCACCAGCCCAGAUUCAAAUGUAUUACUAUUAGCCAUACAGAGAGGAGUUAGCAGCACUGGGAAGAUGGGUCUUGUGAAUUGCAAUGAUAACCUGGUGUGAACAAUGAUGAAGAAAAAAAGGUGCUAUCUGAAACCUAAAAGGGUUCUUCGGCUGUUCUCAUUAGAGAAACCCUUUGAAGAACCCUUUUUGGUUCCAGGUAGAACCUUUUUGGUUCCAAGUAGAACUUUUUGGGGUUCCAUUAAGAACCCUUUCCACAGAGGGUUCUACAUGGAACCAAAAAGGGUUGUACCUGGAAUCAAAAAGGGUUCUCCUAUUGGGACAGCCGAAUAACCCUUUUGGAACCCUUAUUUCUAAGAGUGUGUAUGAACUUUGAUAGCCCUUUUAUCUUUAUAGGCCUUUGUAUUCUGCAGUCAACUUUGCCUCAAAAAUGUGGCCCCUCCAUGUAUGAACGCCAACCCUAGCCAGUUUCGUCACUCAGAUAAACAGUUUGAUAGAAGCCGCUGCACUGAGAGAUACAGUAUGUUAUCUGGGUUCCUAAUCCUGUGCUGCUGAAACAUUGACGGCUGUUUUUAUUCCUCCGUCUUCACUGAACCCAUUGACUUCCAAUUUCCUGUGUAGGUAACCAUACAUUCACAUGGACAACUGACAUUUCUCCAGAGAGGAUGAGUCAGACUGAAAGAGCAGCUCUUCACCAGUGUGUCGACACUAUUAUUUACAUGUCAUGUUUAUCAUUCAUCAAUGAUGAGACAUCUUCAAGAGUCAUCAUCAGGGAAAAGAUGUCCGCCUCCUAGAUGUGUGUCAAUGUUGACAUUAUGUGAAAUGAUGAAGUGUGAUGAACGACUAAUGUGGCUAAUGUGUAGACUAAUUCUUCCCUCCCUCCUUCCCUCCCUCCUUUCCUCCCAUCCUUCCAUCCUUCCCUCCAUCCGGUUCUUACUCAGGUGUUUCUCUCAUUCUGACAUCUCAGGCUUCUUAAUUACUCCCUCUCUCUCUCUUCAUUCUCUCCAUCUCUCUUUUCUUUUAAUGUCAGAUUCUUCCCUUCAUUUCCUCCCGUCCACGUCAAUCUCUUCUUCCAAAUACCAGAUGAGUCACAGUGUAUUGACUUCAUCAGAAGGCUGCUCCACAGACAGGCCAAGCUGAGAGAGACUGAGGACAGACAGGCCAAGCUGAGAGAGACUGAGGACAGACAGGCCAAGCUGAGAGAGACUGAGGACAGACAGGCCAAGCUGAGAGAGACUGAGGACAGACAGGCCAAGCUGAGAGAGACUGAGGACAGACAGGCCAAGCUGAGAGAGACUGAGGACAGACAGGCCAAGCUGAGAGAGACUGAGGACAGACAGGCCAAUCUGAGAGAGACUGAGGACAGACAGGCCAAGCUGAGAGAGACUGAGGACAGACAGGCCAAGCUGAGAGAGACUGAGGACAGACAGGCCAAGCUGAGAGAGACUGAGGACAGACAGGCCAAGCUGAGAGAGACUGAGGACAGACAGGCCAAGCUGAGAGAGACUGAGGACAGACAGGCCAAGCUGAGAGAGACUGAGGACAGACAGGCCAAGCUGAGAGAGACUGAGGACAGACAGGCCAAUCUGAGAGAGGCUGAGGACAGACAGGCCAAGCUGAGAGAGACUGAGGACAGACAGGCCAAUCUGAUAGAGGCUGAGGACAGACAGGCCAAGCUGAGAGAGACUGAGGACAGACAGGCCAAGCUGAGAGAGACUGAGGACAGACAGGCCAAUCUGAGAGAGGCUGAGGACAGACAGGCCAAGCUGAAAGAGACUGAGGACAGACAGGCUUAGGGAUUGUUGUACUGCUCUGUAAGGUUGGAUUGUCAGAGGAUGAUACUGGUAAAUGGCUGUGUUUCCUUCAAAGACAGGACAGGGAUAUGAGGAGGAAAAAAUAAUGUUGUUUUUGAACCAAUGAGGAUUGUUUUUAAUUUAGUAUUUUUGUAAGGAGUGGGGCAGUCCCACUCCUUUCGUAAUUUGAUUGAAGAGAUAGUAAAGUGGUGGAAAGAUGGCGGAGAGUGAGUCAAAGGGCAGUGAGCCGAUUCGAACCCAUGCCAACUCUAGCAUACAUGUGUGGCGGGAUCAGUGGCUGUAACCGCUGGACCACACAGGCCACACCAAUGAGGAUUGUUACUUUCUUCACACACACACAAGCAUACUCUUUCAGACAUUCUGUUUUCUAACCCAAGCGCUAACUCUUGUCCCCCUCUCCUCUCAGGUAAAUACGCCAUGCGUGACCUGGUCCACCGGUUACCGGGCAGCAGCAGUAACAGUACCGGGGGCAGUGGUGGGACUAGCGGAGGUACCGGGGAUCCGAUGGCGCCCGGUAAGACAAUGUCAGACGAUACGGUAACGGCUAUCUGUUGCGCUCUGCAUGAGGUCAUCACUAAGAACAUGGAGAACGCCAAAGCACUGAGAGAUGCCGGCGGGAUAGAGAAACUCAUCGGCAUCGCUCGCAGCAAAGGAGACAAGUAAGGCGACCACACAAACACAUACAUACACACACGUACACACACACAUACAGUGCAUUCAGAAAAUAUUCAGACCCACUUUUUCCACAUUGUUACGUUACAGCCUUAUUCUAAAAUGUAUUAAAUUGUUUUUUUUCCCUCAUAAAUCUACACACAAUACCCCAUAAUGACAAAGCAAAAACAGGUUUUUAGAUUUUUUUUCAAAUGUAUUACAAAUAAAAAACGGAAAUAUGACAUCUACAUAAGUAUUCAAAUCAAAUCAAAUUGUAUUUGCCACAUGCGCCGAAUACAACAGGUGUAGUAGACAUUACUUACUUACUUACUUACAAGCCCUUAACCAACAAUGCAUUUUUUAAGAAUUUACAUUUUUAAAAGUGUUAAGUAAAAAAAUAAAAUAAUAAUAAAGAGCAGCAGUAAAAUAAAAUAACAGUAGGGAGGCUAUAUACAGGUGGGUACCGGUACAGAGUCAAUGUGCGGGGGCACCGGCUAGUCGAGGUAAUUGAGGUAAUAUGUACAUGUGGGUAGAGUUACAGUGACUAUGCAUAAAUAAUAGACAGAGUAGCAGCAGCAUAAAAGAGGGGGGUGGGGGUGGGCGUGCAGUGCAAAUAGUCCGGGUAGCAAUGAUUAGCUGUUCAGGAGUCUUAUGUCUUGGGGGUAGAAGCUGUUGAGAAGCCUUUUGGACCUAGACUUGGCGCUCCGGUACCGCUUGCCGUGCGGUAGCAGAGAGAACAGUCUACGACUAGGGUGGCUGGAGUCUUUGACAAUUUUGAGGGCCUUCCUCUGACACCGCCUGGUAUAGAGGUCCUGGAUGGCAGGAAGCUUGGCCCAGUGAUGUACUGGGCCGUAUGCACUACCCUCUGUAGUGCCUUGCGGUCGGAGGCCGUGCAGCUGCCAUACCAGGCGGUGAUGCAACCAGUCAGGAUGCUCUCGAUGGUGCAGCUGUAUAACUUUUUGAGGAUCUGAGGACCCAUGCCAAAUCUUUUCAGUCUCCUGAGGGGGAAUAGGCUUUGUCGUGCCCUCUUCACGACUGUCUUGGUGUGUUUGGACCAUGAUAGUUUGUUGGUGAUGUGGCCACCAAGGAACUUGAAGCUCUCAACCUUUUCCACUACAGCCCUGUUGAUGAGAAUGGGGGCAUGCUCAGUCCUCUUUUUUUUCCUGUAGUCCACAAUUUUCUCCUUUGUCUUGAUCACGUUGAGGGAGAGGUUGUUAUCCUGGCACCACACGGCCAGGUCUCGGACCUCCUCCCUAUAGGCUGUCUCAUCGUUGUCUGUGAUCAGGCCUACCACUGUUGUGUAUUCGGCAAACUUAAUGAUGGUUUUGGAGUCGUGCCUGGCCAUGCAGUCAUGGGUGAACAGGGAGUACAGGAGGGGACUGAGCACACACCCCUGAGGGGCCCCCGUGUUGAGGAUCAGCGUGGCAGAUGUGUUGUUACCUACCUUUACCACCUGGGGGCGGCCCGUCAGGAAGUCCAGGAUCCAGUUGCAGAGGGAGGUGUUUAGUCCCAGGAUCCUUAGCUUAGUGAUGAGCUUUGAGGGCACUAUGGUGUUGAACGCUGAGCUGUACUCAAUUAACAGCAUUCUCACGUAGGUGUUCCUCUUGUCCAGGUGGGAAAGGGCAGUGUGGAGUGCAAAAGAGAUAGCAUCAUCUGUGGAUCUGUUGGGGCGGUAUGCAAAUUGGAGUGGGUCUAGGGUUUCUGGGAUAAUGGUGUUGAUGUGAGCCAUGACCAGCCUUUCAAAGCACUUCAUGGCUACAGAUGUGAGUGCUACGGGUCGGUAGCCAUUUAGGCAGGUUAUCUUAGUGUCCUUGGGCACAGGGACUAUGAUGGUCUGCUUGAAACAUGUUGGUUUUACAGACUCAGUCAGGGACAUGUUGAAAAUGUCAGUGAAGUCACUUGCCAGUUGGUCAGCACAUGCUCGGAGUGCACGUCCUGGUAAUCCGUCUGGCCCUGCGGCCUUGUGAAUGUUGACCUGCUUAAAAGUCUUACUCACAUCGGCUAUGGAGAGCGUGAUCACAUUGUCAUCCGGAACAGCUGGUGCUCUCAUGCAUGCUUCAGUGUUGCUUGCCUCGAAGCGAGCAUAGAAGUGAUUUAGCUCGUCUGGUAGGCUUGUGUCACUGGGCAGCUCGUGGCUGUGCUUCCUUUUGUAGUCUGUAAUAGUUUUCAAGCCCUGCCACAUCCGACGAGUGUCAGAGCCGGUGUAGUACGAUUCAAUCUUAGUCCGGUAUUGACUCUUUGCCUGUUUGAUGGUUCAUCGGAGGGCAUAGCAGGAUUUCUUAUAAGCGUCCGGGUUAGAGUCCCGCUCCUUGAAAGCGGCAGCUCUACCCUUUAGCUCAGUGCGGAUGUUGCCUGUAAUCCAUGGCUUCUGGUUGGGGUAUGUAUGUACGGUCACUGUGGGGACGAAGUCAUCGAUGCACUUAUUGAUGAAGCCAGUGACUGAUGUGGUGUACUCCUCAAUGCUUUCUGAAGAAUCCCGGAACAUAUUCCAGUCUGUGCUAGACAACCACGAAAAAUAUAGAUGAAGUCUCUUAGUAAAUAGUGUGGUCUACAGCUUAUCAUGAGAUACUCUACCUCAGGCGAGCAAAACCUUGAGACUUCCUUAGUAUUAGAUUUUGUGCACCAACUGUUGUUUACAAAUAUAUACAGACCGCCACCCCUUGUCUUACCGGAGUCAGCCAUUCUAUCCUGCCGAUAUAGCAUAUAUCCUGUCAGCUGUGUGUUGUCCAUGUCGUCGUUCAGCCACGACUCUGUGAAACAUAAGAUAUUACAGUUGUUAAUGUCCCGUUGGUAGGAUACCCGUAAUCGUAGGUCGUCCAAUUUGUUCUCAAAUGAUUGAACAUUGGCUAAUAGGAUUGAUGAAAGAGGCAGUUUACUUGCUCACCGUUGGAUCCUUACAAGGCACCCCAACCUACGUCCACAAUAUCUCUGUCUCUUUCUCAUGCGAAUGACGGGGAUUUGGGCCUUGUCGGGUGUCUGUAGGAUAUCCUUCGCGUCCGGCUCAUUGAAGAAAAAAUAUUUGUCCAUUACGAGGUGAGUAAUCGCUGUCCUGAUAUCCAGAAGCUCUUUUUGGUUAUAAGAGACGGUGGCAGAAACAUUAUGUACAGAAUAAAUUGCAAAUAACGCGAAAAAACACACAUAAUAGUACAAUUGGUUAGAGGGCUGUAAAACGGCAGCCAUCUUCUCGGGCGCCACUUCUUCAGACCCUUUACUCAGUACUUUGUUUAAGCACCCUUGGCAGCGAUCUUCUUGGGUAUGACGCUACAAUCUUGGCACAGCUGUAAUUGGGGAGUUUCUCCCAUUCUUCUCUGCAUAUCGUCUGAGGUCCUGAGUGCUCUGGAGCAGGUUUUCAUCAAGGAUCGCUCUGUACUUUGCUCCGUUCAUCUUUCCCUCAAUCCUGACUAGUCUCCCAGUCCCUGCCGCUAAAAAACAUCCCCACAGCAUGAUGCUGCCACCACCAUGCUUCACCGUAGGGAUGGUAUUGGCCAAGUGAUGAGCGGUGACUUGUUUCCUCCAGACGUGACGCUUGGCAUUCAGGCCAAAGAGUUCAAUCUUGGUUUCAUCAGACCAGAGAAUCUUGUUUCUCAUGGUCUGAGAGUCCUUUAGGUGCCUUUUGGCAAACUCCAAGUGGGCUGUCAUGUGCCUUUUACUGAGGAGUGGCUUCCGUCUGGCCCCUCUACCAUAAAGGCCUGAUUGGUGGAGUGCUGCAGAGAUAGUUGUCCUUCUGGAAGGUUCUCCCAUCUCCACAGAGGGACUCUAGAGCUCUGUCAGAGUGAUCAUUGGGUUCUUGGUCACCUCCCUGACCAAGGCCCUUCUACCCCGAUUGCUCAGUUUGGCCUGGCGACCAGCUCUAGGAAGAGUCUUGGUGGUUCCAAACUUCUUCCAUUGAAGAAUACUCUUCCCCAGAUCUGUGCCUCGAAACAAUCCUGUCUCGGAGCUCUAAGGACGAUUCCUUCGAACUCAUGGCUUGGUUUUUUUUCUGACAUGCACUGUCAACUGUGUGACAUUAAAUAGACAGGUGUGUGCCUUUCCAAAUCAUGUCCAAUCAAUUGAAUUUACCACAGGUGGACUCCAAUCAAGUUGUAGAGACAUCUCAAGGAUGAAUCAAAGUGUCUGAAUAAUUAUGUAAAUAAGGACAUUUUUUCUUAAAACCUGUUUUCGCUUUGUCAUUAUGGGGUAUUGUGUGUAGAUUGAUGAGUAAAAUGUUUUAUUUAAUCAAUUUUAGAAUAAAGCUGUAACCUAACAAAAUGUGGAAAAAGUGGUCUGAAUACUUUCCAAAUGCACUGUACAUACACACAUACAGACAUCACAUGUAGCAAAAGUGAGGGGGGCUAUGCCUCCACUCACACAGUCACACACACUCAGUUUUAGGUUAGGAUGCUUCUAGGAUGACUGUGGUUAGGGCCCAACUUCUCAAGCUUUUCCUCCAGGGACUAGAAAUAGGAAGAGGGUUUGUGGUGCGUUAUUUACGUGGUGAACUCAGUCUGUCAUGAGUCUGUGUGUAUAUGAGCUCAGUGGAGCGUACUGACAAAACACAGCGCUGACGUUACCAGAAUAUAACCCCUGUCGCUACGGGAGACCGAGUAGGGUGUUCUGAUGGUUGCUAUGACACCAAACGGUUGUCAGAAAGAUCCUUACAUCGGGGUUGUGUGUUGAUGUAUCACUAUGGAGUUCACCGCAGUCCAUUCUGGGUAGCACGUUGGUGUAACGUGACAGUGAGUGAUGUUGCUCCCUGUAGACGUUGCCCCUAACAACUGAUACAGGGUCAGAUAUGUGUUCAUUCCACCCAAUAGGUCCUCAUUAAUCUUCUGUGGUUAGGAACUAUUCUGUCUCCAGCAGGACAUGUUUGGCAUAGAAUAAGAGUCUGUUUCUAGCUAUAUGUGUAGACUAGUACAGCCAUGCUUUGACCUAUACAGUGAAUGGGUAGGCUACUUCAAGGAUCACACUUCUAUUCAUGACUCAUACUCAGUAUAAUAAUAUGGCGGUUGACACUGUUGGAGGACAAUGUCUCUGUAGCCUCUUCUCUAUUUUCUACAUAUUCACAAGAGCUGUAUAUGUUUCUAAUGAAACACUAUUGUACAAUAACCACCCUCCUCAAGUCCUCCCGUCGCUCUCAAAAAGCGAAAAACCCACUCUAAUUUUCUCUAAAGUGGUUAGCAGCAGCAGGAGUGGCUGGUUUUAAAGUAACUGCUCUACAACUGCUUAGGAAGAUUGCUACUCUUCUAAAGCUCAAUCACCUCUUAAAACCAUUGUUGCGCCAGGCAGAGGGACUCCUGAUGAUGAACACAUUUUCAGUCCCUGCAGUGUUCACCUUAAAGUUAGUCUGCGUCCCAAAUGGCACCCUAUUCCGUAUAUAGUGCACUACUUUUGGCCAGGGCCCAUAGGGCUAUAUAGGGAAUAGGGUGCCAUUUUGGGUGAAGAGUAAAGUAAUGUUUGAGUAGAGUAAAUUAAGACUUAAUGUGGACAAUAUUAGCUUGUCUGAAUGUCCCUCUGUUUCUCAGUUUAGAAUAAAGAUUGAAAUUAAAUAUUGGCUCAUACAGCAUCAUUUAUAUAACCUUCUCACAGCAUUACAAUCCAAUACAAAUGUCUCCCCCCCCCCCCCCCUCUCUCUCUCUCUUUCUCUCAGACACUCUGCCAAGGUGGUGAAGGCUGCCUCUCAGGUGCUCAGCAGUAUGUGGCAGUACAGAGACCUACGCAGCCUCUACAAG